GCGGCGGCGGCGGUGGCGAGCGGGGACUGCGGGGACGGUCAUGGCUGCGAACCUGAGCCGGAACGGGCCGGCGCUGCAGGAGGCCUACGUGCGGGUGGUCACCGAGAAGUCCCCGACUGACUGGGCUCUCUUCACCUAUGAGGGUAACAGCAAUGACAUCCGUGUGGCCGGCACUGGGGAGGGGGGCCUGGAGGAGAUGGUGGAGGAGCUCAACAGCGGGAAGGUGAUGUACGGCUUCUGCAGGGUGAAGGACCCCAACUCCGGUCUGCCCAAGUUUGUCCUCAUCAACUGGACGGGCGAGGGUGUGAACGACGUGCGGAAGGGAGCGUGCGCCAACCACGUCAGCACCAUGGCCAGCUUCCUGAAGGGGGCCCACGUGACCAUCAACGCGAGGGCUGAAGAGGAUGUGGAGCCCGAGUGCAUCAUGCAGAAGGUGGCCAGAGCCUCGGGUGCCAACUAUGCCUUCCACAAGGAGAGCGGCCGUUUCCAGGAUACGGGCCCUCAGGCCCCGGUGGGCUCUGUGUACCAGAAGACCAACGCCAUAUCUGAGAUCAAAAGAGUUGGCAAAGACAGCUUCUGGGCCAAAGCAGAGAAGGAGGAGGAGAACCGUAGGCUGGAGGAGAAGCGGCGAGCGGAAGAGGAGCGGCAGCGGCUGGAGCAGGAGCGUCGGGAGCGGGAGCUGCGCGAGGCCGCCCGCCGGGAGCAGCGCUAUCGGGAGGAGCAGGGCAGCGAGGCCGGGCCCCAGAGCAGGAAGAGUGAGCAGCAGGAAGUGGUUUCAAGGAGCCGAGAGGAGCAGGAGCCGGUCAGCCAGCCAGCACACCCACGUGAGAUUUUCAGGCAGAAGGAGAGGGCCAUGUCCACCACAUCCAUCACAAGCCCCCAGCCAGGCAAGCUCAGGAGCCCCUUCCUGCAGAAACAGCUCACCCAGCCAGAGACCCUCCGCAGCCCGGAGCCCACUCAGGCGUCCUCGAGGCCCAGGGCAGAUGUCUGCGAGGACCUGGCGCCUAGCCCUCCGCAGUGUGCAGUGCAGGCAGAAGAAGAGGCUGUGUACGAGGAGCCUCCAGAGCAGGAGACCGUCUAUGAGGAGCCCCCGAUGGAACAGGUGCCGCAGCAAGAUGCUGGCUCUGAGCACGUGGACCACUACCUGGGGCUGAGCGGCAAAGGGCUCUGUGCGCGGGCCUUGUACGACUAUCAGGCAGCUGAUGACACGGAGAUCUCCUUCGACCCCGAGAAUCUCAUCACGGGCAUCGAGGUGAUCGACGAGGGCUGGUGGCGUGGCUAUGGUCCGGACGGCCACUUUGGCAUGUUUCCUGCCAACUACGUGGAGCUCAUCGAGUGAGGGCCCUCUGCUGCUGGCUGCGCCGAGGCCAUCUUACCUUCCCCCCCACGCGUGCUUCUCUUACUGCCGGGGAUGUGACGUGCGUGCCGCGAGAGCCACACGGCACUCCUCCGGGCAUGGGACCCCCCUGCAAAGAAGACAAGCCCCUGGGAUCUCUCAGACUAGGGUGCUCAGCCUGUCACUCUAGAUGCAGCAAUACCCUGUGAUCCCCAAACGUGCUCUGGCUGCUGUGGGCCCUCCCAGACAGCCUGGCCUUUGACCCCUGCGGAGGACAGGAAGCCAUGGUGUGGCCUCACUGGGUGGUCUGAGCAGGGGCCUUUGCCUUGUGGUUCCUCUCCUCCUGGCCCUAAGGGGUGGUGGCUUCGGCUGGUAGCAGUCUUCGGGAACAGUGACCUUAGCAUUUAGGACCAAAGUCUCGGUGGGUCGUGACGGUUUGGGCAGCAGGUCAUCUUUCUGGGUCCUGCCAUAUGUCCCCAUUCCCCGUUCCUCCACCCGGGGCUGCAAACUGUGUGAAGUGGCGCAGGGAUGACCGAGCCCCUAUCUGAGUGUGUGAUCAGCAAACCCACGUUCUUCCGUGCGGUGCGCCCUGUUCUGCCAGUCCCGGUGUGUGCCCGGAUUCUGGUUCCGGAGGAGUGACCAGAGGGCCGAUGCCUGCUGUUACACACUGUCCGUCCCAGGCCACCUGUGUCUGCUUCCAGAGUGAGCACUGCCCUACUGUGGCCUGAAUGCCGUCGUGUGGAAAUCGACCCCUUCCGGGGUGCGUGGGGUUGUGUGCGGGUGUGUGUGCCGACUGUGGCCCCUAGGAGAGGCAUAAAUGUCAAGAUGUGACUCACGUCA